GGGGAGGCGCUCGGGGCCCGCGCCCGCCAUGUUUCCCGGCAGCGCUCCGUGCCCGCCGCCCGCCUGAGCCUCCCGGGGCCGGCCCGGCCCGGCCCGGGGCCGCCCGCCCUGCUCGGCCGCCGGGACUCCAUCGACAGCAGCUGCCCAAGGUUUGUCCGUGUGGCAGCGGGGCCAGCCGCGACCGCCGAGGGAUCCUCCGCUGCGAGUGCCCGAGGAGAGGCCGGUUCGGGCCCGGAGGGUCCCGGGGUGGCGAUGGGAGCGCUGGUCUGAGCUCCGCCGGGCACCCCCGGGUGCGGAGCCGAAACCGCAUUCCCCAGCUGAGGAUAAACCAGAGGUGAUCCGGUUCCGUCCCACGGGAGCGCUCCUGACAGGCUCGGUGCCUCGGAGGGGCGAGGAUGGCUCAGGAGACGAACCAGACACAGGUGCCUCUGCUGUGUACCACGGGCUGCGGGUUCUAUGGCAGCCCCCGGACCAACGGCAUGUGCUCCGUGUGCUACAAGGAGUUCUUGCAGAGGCAGCAGAGCAGUGACCGGAUAAGCCCUCCAGCACCCAGCGGUCCCAGCAGCAGCCCCAUGGCUUCCGAGGCCAUCGCAGGACAGUGCGCGGAGGGAGACUCCACACCUGAGGAUGCAAAAGCCAGCGCUCAGACUCCUGUGACCCAUCAGAUGACGGCCAUGAGCAUAUCCAGAGAGGAAACCAGCAAUGAAACAGAGGAAUUCAGCAAGACAGAUGAAGCCUCAUCAGCUUCUUCCUCAUCAGGUACCCUGCUUGAGAUAUCCCAGAACACGGCUGAGGGCAAGACGGCUUCGGAAAAACCGAAACCGAAGAAGAAUCGCUGCUUCACCUGCCGGAAGAAGAUUGGACUGACUGGCUUCGACUGCCGCUGCGGGAACCUGUUCUGUGCCAUUCACCGGUACUCCGACAUGCACGCCUGCCCCUACGACUACAAGGCAGAAGCUGCCGAGAAGAUCCGCAAGGAAAACCCCAUCGUUAUCGCCGAGAAGAUCCAGAAGUUGUGAAGGGGUCCGAGCAGCUCGAACUGCAGCCAGCCCGCCUGGUGCUCCUCCCCUUCCUCCCGGCCUUCCUCCUCCUCCUCCCAGCCCCUGCGCGGUGCGAGGGUGGCUCCAGCAGCGCACCUGGACACGGGGACUCCUCGCACCUCUGGUGUUCCUCCUCUCCCUCCCUGCCUGUCCGACAGCCACAGCUCAGCUGAUGUGUUCUCAACCAGCUUCCCAGAGGAAAAGGGACCGUCCUGCCCCGCUGCUGUGGCACUAAGACCUUGGCACUUGCCUUUUGGUGGGCAGUUUGCGUGGUGUGAGCAGCCGGGCUCUGCCGGGCAGCCUUUCCCUUCCUGGUGACUCAAGUCCUGCAAACCACCCAGGACUUGUGGCCACAGUCCCCGAGCAGCUGCUGGACUCGUUCCCUCUGCCUGCAGUCCCGGGAGCUGGGGGAUCCUGGCAGCCAGGCUGCCGUCUGCUCCCCGGGAGGUGUUUGCUCUCAGAUGCACAAAAGUUGAUUCUGUAGUUCAGCACCCCAGACCCCUCUCCCCACCCUCUGCUGACGCUGUUGGAGAAGCACCACGGGGGUUGAGCAGUGAUGCUGGCACAGGGAGGUUAUUUUGUGGCUUGAAGUGAGGUGGGCAGGACCUUCCAGGAGGUUCUGCUUGCUGCCUUGUGCCUCUCUCCACAGGGAGGCCCCCUGCUCCAGCCUCCUGCUUCAGCACCCCUGGAUAACCCCGGCUGCUUUCCCAGCAAGGUGUGUGUCCCUCAGCACUGCCUGUGCCUGCUCUCCUCUCUCCCCUCUUUCCUCUCCCCUUUCUCCUCUCCCUUCUCUCCUCUCUCCCUGCCUUCUGCCUUACACGAGUUGCUCUCAUCAGGGUUGUGCACAAA